CCUGUUUCAUUGUAUCUUCAACUACUUCUUAUGUUUAACAUGAAUAAACAAAGAACAGAAACAAACAGGAAGGUCAGCAAUGGAUCAUUCAGCUCACUUUUUAUGCAUGCAGACCGUGCGGACAUGCUUCUCAUGGUUCUUGGACUUGUUGGUGCCAUCGGCGAAGGAAUGGGGAUGCCGGCGGUGUUAUAUAUCACCAGCAACAUCAUGAACAGCAUUGGGGACGCAUCGUCCUUAUCUAAGAAUGAUGUCUACAUUGAUCAAAUCAAUAAGAAUGCUGUAAAUCUUUGUUACGUGGCACUUGCAAAAUUUGUUGCUUGUUUUUUUGAGGGGUAUUGCUGGUCAAGAACAGCAGAGAGACAAGCAUCAAAACUGAGGUCUACAUACUUGAAAGCGGUUUUAAGGCAAGAAAUAGCUUAUUUUGACCUUAAUGUUACAAGUACAGCCGAUAUUAUAACUAGCGUUUCAAGUGAUAGUCUCAUCAUUCAAGAAGUCUUGAGUGAAAAGGUACCGACGUUUGUGAUGAACAUAACAGCUUUCAUUGGGGCUAUUGUAGUUGCAUUUAUAUUGUUAUGGAGGCUAGCAAUUGUUGGGCUUCCAUUCAUUUUACUUUUAGUUACACCUAGUCUGUUAUACAGAAAGGUUUUCAUGAGCUUAUCAAGAAAAAUCAGGGAAGAGUAUAAUAAGGUUGAUGCAGUGGCAGAGCAGGCGAUUUCUUCAGUAAGGACAGUUUAUUCUUUUGUCGGUGAAAGCAAGACCAUCAGGGACUACUCUGCUGCUCUGCAGGGAGCAGUAACACUAGGUUUAAAGCAGGGCUUGGUUAAAGGGCUUGUAAUGGGUAGUAAUGGUGUUGUGUAUGCUGUCUGGGCUUUCUUGUGUUGGUAUGGUAGCAGAUUGGUGAUGUACCACGGAGCUAGAGGCGGCACGGUGUGCGCUGUUGGAUCUGGAAUAGCCUCUGGUGGACUGUCAUUCGGGUCUGCAUUAGCUACUGUGAAGUACUUAUCAGAUGCAAUGGCUGCCAGUGAACGCAUAAGUGAAGUGAUCAAAAGAGUUCCAGCUAUUGAUUCAUACGGCAUGGAUGGGCUGAUAUUACAGGAAGUAUCUGGUGAAGUCCAAUUCAAAAAUGUGACGUUUGCAUACCCGUCAAGGCCAGAAUCGGUGGUAUUUGAUAACUUUAACUUAAAAGUUCCAGCGGGGAUGACCGUUGCGUUGGUAGGCGGGAGUGGCUUUGGUAAAUCAACAGUGAUUGCAUUGCUGCAAAGAUUUUAUGAUCCUCAAGGUGGAGAGAUCUGCGUAGAUGGAGUGAGGAUUGAUAAGCUUCAACUAAAAUGGUUAAGAUCACAAAUGGGUUUAGUGAGUCAAGAGCCUAUUCUAUUCGCGACCACCGUAAAAGAGAAUAUACUUUUUGGCAAGGAAGAUGCAACUAUGGAAGAGGUUAUUGAAGCUGCAAAAGUUUCAAAUGCUCAUAACUUCAUCUCUCAGUUACCCCAGGCUUAUGAUACCCAGGUUGGUGAAAGAGGAAUUCAAAUGUCAGGUGGGCAAAAGCAAAGAAUUUCAAUUGCCCGUGCAAUAAUUAAAUCGCCUCGCAUCCUUCUCUUGGAUGAGGCAACAAGUGCACUCGACUCAGGAUCAGAGCGUGUUGUUCAAGAAGCACUUGAUCGUGUGGCCAUUGGCCGAACCACCAUCGUCAUAGCUCACCGCCUUUCCACAAUUAGAAAUGCAGAUUUAAUAAUGGUAGUCCAGAAUGGUCAGGUUGUGGAGUCUGGCUCCCAUAAUGAACUUAUUCAACUAGAAGACGGGUGUUACACAUCACUCGUUCGCCUUCAAGAAACCAAGGAAAAUGUUGAACCCCUCAAUGUAACCCCUCCAAAACCACCGUUGAUCUCUUCAACAUUUGAUGUCCACAACACAUGCAGCCGUCGGCAGUCAAUAGUGAGUCGGUCUAGCUCUGCAACAUCAGCAAACAGCAGUGGAGGGGAAAUCGUUACCUUACAGGCAGACAAACAAUUUGCAGUGCCAUCCUUUAAGAGGCUUUUAGCAACGAACAUUUCUGAAUGGAAGCAUGCACUACUUGGGAGUGUGGGAGCAAUUCUAUGUGGUGCAGUUCAACCUGGUUUCUCUUUCUCAAUUGGAUCGAUGAUAUCAGUCUAUUUCUUGGCAGAUCAUGAUGAAAUAAAGAAGAAAACAAUGAUUUAUACACUGUGUUUCGCGGGAUUGGGAGUUUUCUCGGUUUUAAUUAACAUCAUUCAGCAUUACAACUUUGCAGCCAUGGGUGAGUACUUGACAAAGAAGGUCCGAGAAAAGAUGUUGUCGAACAUACUCACCUUUGAAAUUGGGUGGUUUGAUGGGGAAGAUAAUUCAAGUGGAGCCAUAUGUUCAAGGCUCGCUACUGAUGCCAAUUUGGUGCGAUCGUUGGUGGGUGAUCGAUGCUCUCUUCUGAUUCAAACACUCUCUGCAAUGACGGUUGCAUGCACGACGGGGUUGGUGAUCGCAUGGAGAUAUGCAUUGGUCCUAAUAGCGGUUCAGCCACUAAUAAUUAUAUGCUAUUAUUGCAGAUGCGUUCUGUUAAAGAACAUGUCACAAAAAGCCAUGAAAUCACAAGACGAAAGCAGCAAGCUCGCAGCAGAAGCUGUUUCAAAUCUACGAACUAUCAUUUCCUUUUCAUCUCAAACACGAAUACUCAAAAUGCUUAAAGAGACCCAAAAGGCGCCAAUGCGUGAAAGCAUCAGACAAGCUUGGUAUGCUGGAUUAGGGCUCGGGUUUUCUCAAAGCCUUAUGGCUUGUACUUGGGCUCUAGGCUACUGGUAUGGUGGGACACUCAUAAGUGACGGUCAUCUUGGGGCAAAAGCAUUUUUCCAGACAUACAUGAUUUUAGUAAACACAGGAAGAGUAAUCGGGGAAGCUGGAACAAUGACAAAUGAUCUGGCCAAAGGGUCUGAUGCUGUGGAGUCAGUAUUUGCAGUACUCGAUCGUGACACCUUGAUAGAUCCCGAGGAUCCUAAUGGUAAGAAGCCCGACCUUGUUACAGGUCAUGUAGAGAUAUGUGAUAUUGUGUUUGCAUACCCUGCUCGUCCUGACAUUAGGAUCUUUAACGGAUUUUCCAUCAAUAUUGAAGCUGGAAAAUCCACGGCAUUGGUUGGACAGAGUGGGUCCGGGAAAUCAACCAUAAUCGGGUUAAUCGAGCGUUUUUACGACCCCAUGAAAGGGGCUGUCAAAGUUGAUGGAAUGGAUAUAAAAUUGUACCAUUUAAGAACUUUGAGGAGAUUUAUUGCACUCGUGAGUCAAGAACCGGCGUUAUUCGCUGGUAGCAUACGUGAAAACAUCAUAUAUGGGGCUUCAGAGGAAGUUAGUGAAUCAGAGAUUGUUGAUGCUGCAAAAGCAGCUAAUGCUCAUGACUUUAUAACGGUUUUAAAAGAUGGGUUUGAUACAUGGUGUGGUGAGCGUGGGGUACAGCUCUCUGGGGGGCAAAAACAACGUAUCGCUGUAGCGCGGGCAAUACUAAAAAACCCGACAGUUUUAUUACUAGACGAAGCAACUAGUGCACUAGAUAGUCAAUCAGAGAAAUUAGUGCAAGACGCACUCGACAGAAUGAUGGUGGGGCGGACAAGUGUGGUGGUCGCACAUCGGUUAAGUACCAUACAAAGUUGUGACACCAUUGCAGUGUUGGAAAAAGGAGCAGUGGUCGAGAUUGGAAACCAUGGUUCGUUGCUAGCGAAAGAACCAACCGGAACUUACUACUCCUUGGUGAAUCUUCAAAAGUCUGAUUCUACCAAUCAUAGUAUAGACUACUAAUUAACUAGAUACAUAGGAGUGCAAUGCGGUGGAGUGGUUGUGGCCGCGGUGGUGUGGUUAUUAAUGUAAAGGGGUAGUAAAUAACUAUUAUCGGUAUAUUAGGUGGAAAUAUUUAAAUUAGUGACUAAAAAAAGGGGUAUGGGGGGGUUAUCAACAUCUUAGUUGAAAAAAAAAAGGAGUAAUUGCUUUAUAAUGUAAUUGUUGAUCAUUAACCUAAACUUUGGGUUAAAAACGACAAGCCCAAAAGUUUUGUGUCUAGUACGUAUUAUUGUAAAGUUAGGGGGGUCAAUUGUAUGUUUGUAAACCUAGUAACUGAAUUACGGUUAUUAGGACAGGAGGUGUUGUUUCAAAAGCGUUACAUCACUUCAAAGGCACCCCUUAGAAAACUAUAUAUAUGUGUUGUGUGUACACAAAAGUGUGUGUGUGUCUGUACGACCAAAGGGUAUACAUACCCGAUGGAAGUCUCGUUUGUAUGAACAACAAUUGCAAGUAUCAAUCGAAU